CGCCAGCACCUUGCCACCUCGCGCGGGGCCUCUGCCCGCAAGGCCCUGCGGGCUCCGCACCGCCACCGGGGAGGCUGGAGUUCUCCGGUCACUCCGGGACCCGCUCGCUUUGUCCCCUGGGCAUCUGUCUCCAGGGAGACCCAUCCCACCCUUGGCACCGACACCUGACACAUCAAGAGCUCAGAGUUAGGCAAGGGUGGGAUGAAGUCCCCUGAUGCCACAGCACCUUUAAUUGUAUCAGCAGAGGAGCCUUUGCUGGGGGUCUUCCUUGGCCAAUCUCAAAAGGGACCAGCCUCUGCAGAGCAGUGACGCAGCAGAAUGCCCCCUGGGGUGGACUGCCCCAUGGAGUUCUGGACCAAGGAGGAGAAUCAGAGUGUGGCUGUUGACUUCCUUCUGCCUACAGGGGUCUACCUGAACUUCCCUGUGUCCCGCAAUGCCAACCUUAGCACCAUCAAGCAGGUGCUGUGGCAUCGUGCGCAGUAUGAGCCGUUCUUCCACAUGCUCAGUGACCCCGAGGCCUAUGUGUUCACCUGUGUCAACCAGACCGCCGAGCAGCAGGAGCUGGAGGACGAGCAGCGACGCCUGUGUGACGUCCAGCCCUUCCUGCCCGUCCUGCGCCUGGUGGCCCGCGAGGGUGACCGUGUGAAGAAGCUCAUCAACUCACAGAUCAGCCUCCUCAUUGGGAAAGGCCUCCAUGAAUUCGACUCCCUGCGGGACCCUGAAGUCAACGACUUCCGCACCAAGAUGCGCCAGUUCUGCGAAGAGGCUGCUGCCCGCCGCCAGCAGCUGGGCUGGGAGGACUGGCUGCAAUACAGCUUCCCUCUGCAGCUGGAACCCUCAGCCAGGGGCUGGGGUGCUGGCACCUUGCGCAUCCCCAACCGGACCCUGCUUGUCAAUGUGAAGUUUGAGGGCAGUGAGGAGAGUUUCACCUUCCAGGUGUCCACCAAGGACCUGCCCCUGGCACUGAUGGCCUGUGCACUCCGGAAGAAGGCUACAGUGUUUCGGCAACCCCUGCUGGAUCGGCCUGAGGACUAUGCGCUGCAGGUGAACGGGAGGCAUGAGUAUCUCUACGGCGGCUACCCUCUCUGCCAGUUCCAGUACAUCUGCAGCUGCAUGCACAGCGGACUUACCCCCCACCUGACCAUGGUCCACUCCUCCUCCAUCCUCGCCAUGCGGGACGAGCAGAGCAACCCCACCCCUCAAGUCCAGAAACAGCGCACCAAACCACCCCCUAUUCCCGCCAAGAAGCCUUCCUGCGUGUCCCUGUGGUCCUUGGAACAGCCCUUCUUCAUCGAGCUGGUCGAGGGCAGCAGAGUGAACGCUGACGAACGGAUGAAGCUGGUGGUGCAGGCUGGGCUCUUCCACGGUAACGAGAUGCUGUGCAAGACGGUGUCCAGCUCGGAGGUGAGUGUGUGCUCAGAGCCCGUGUGGAAGCAGCGGAUGGAAUUCGACAUCAGCGUCUGUGACCUGCCACGCAUGGCCCGGCUCUGUUUUGCACUCUACGCCGUGGUGGAGAAGGCCAAGAAAGCUCGGUCCACCAAGAAGAAGUCCAAGAAGGCGGACUGCCCCAUCGCCUGGGCCAACCUCAUGCUCUUCGACUACAAGGACCAGCUCAAGACCGGAGAACGCUGCCUCUACAUGUGGCCCUCUGUCCCAGAUGAGAAAGGAGAGCUGCUGAACCCCACGGGUACUGUGCGCAGCAACCCCAACACAGAGAGCGCUGCGGCCUUGGUCAUCUGCCUGCCUGAGGUGGCCCCCCAGCCUGUGUACUACCCUGCCCUGGAGAAGAUCCUGGAACUGGGGCGUCAUGGGGAGCGUGGGCGCGUCACGGAGGAAGAGCAGCUGCAGCUGAGGGAAAUCCUGGAGCGGCGGGGGUGUGGGGAGCUGUACGAGCAUGAGAAGGACCUGGUGUGGAAGAUGAGACACGAGGUCCAGGAGCGCUUCCCAGAGGCCCUGGCCCGACUGCUACUGGUCACCAAGUGGAAUAAACACGAGGAUGUGGCCCAGAUGAUUUACCUGCUGUGCUCCUGGCCCGAGCUGCCCGUGUUGAGCGCCUUGGAGUUGCUGGACUUCAGCUUCCCUGACUGCUACGUGGGCUCCUUCGCCAUCAGGUCUCUGCGGAAGCUGACGGACGACGAGCUUUUCCAGUACCUGCUACAGCUGGUCCAGGUACUCAAGUACGAGUCCUACCUGGACUGUGAGCUGACCAAAUUCUUGCUGGACCGGGCCCUGGCCAACCGCAGGAUCGGCCACUUUCUCUUCUGGCACCUCCGCUCCGAGAUGCACGUGCCAUCGAUAGCCCUACGCUUCGGCCUCAUCAUGGAGGCCUACUGCAGGGGCAGCACCCACCACAUGAAGGUGCUGAUGAGGCAGGGGGAAGCCCUUAGCAAGCUGAAGGCGUUGAAUGACUUUGUGAAGGUGAGCUCUCAGAAGACCACCAAGCCCCAAACCAAGGAGCUGAUGCACCUGUGCAUGCGCCAGGAGACCUACAUGGAGGCCCUGUCCCACCUACAGUCCCCACUUGACCCCAGCACCUUGCUGGAGGAAGUCUGUGUGGAGCAAUGCACCUUCAUGGACUCCAAGAUGAAGCCGCUGUGGAUCAUGUACAGCAGCGAGGAGGCGGGCAGCACCGGCAGCGUGGGCAUCAUCUUUAAGAAUGGAGAUGACCUCCGUCAGGACAUGCUCACUCUGCAGAUGAUCCAGCUUAUGGACGUCCUGUGGAAACAAGAGGGCCUGGACCUGAGGAUGACGCCAUAUGGCUGCCUCCCGACUGGCGACCGCACGGGCCUCAUUGAGGUGGUGCUUCACUCGGACACCAUCGCCAACAUCCAGCUGAACAAGAGCAACAUGGCUGCCACGGCCGCCUUCAACAAGGACGCGCUGCUCAACUGGCUCAAAUCCAAGAACCCCGGGGAGGCCCUGGAUCGGGCCAUUGAGGAGUUCACCCUCUCCUGCGCUGGCUACUGUGUGGCCACCUACGUGCUGGGCAUCGGCGACCGGCACAGCGAUAACAUCAUGAUUCGUGAGAGUGGGCAGCUCUUCCACAUUGAUUUUGGCCACUUUCUGGGGAACUUCAAGACCAAGUUUGGAAUUAACCGUGAGCGGGUCCCCUUCAUCCUCACCUAUGACUUUGUCCAUGUGAUUCAGCAGGGAAAGACCAGUAACAGUGAGAAAUUUGAAAGGUUCCGGGGCUACUGUGAACGAGCCUACACUAUCCUGCGGCGCCACGGCCUGCUCUUCCUCCACCUCUUCGCCCUGAUGCGUGCAGCUGGCCUGCCUGAGCUCAGCUGCUCCAAAGAUAUCCAGUAUCUCAAGGACUCUCUGGCACUGGGGAAGACAGAGGAGGAGGCGCUCAAGCACUUCCGGGUGAAGUUUAAUGAAGCCCUGAGGGAGAGCUGGAAGACCAAAGUGAACUGGCUGGCGCACAACGUGUCCAAAGAUAACAGGCAAUAAUGGCCCCUUCCUGGUUGCCACACACUGUCCCCACCUGGCUCUCAACCCAAGAGAAGUAAACUGUCGGUCCUGGAGACCAGGCAUCCUCAGUCAUCCUCAAAGGGGCCUAAAAGCCUGAACUACACACCUCACGGGAAAGAACCACACGGUUGCCUUUUGUUUACACUGGUUAUUUAUGACUUGAAAUGUUUUAAGGAACGAAAUAGCCAUAAAUGGAAAUGCAUCUUUGUGCAGAGGAGAGGUGCUGUCCUCGUGUCCCCCAGCAGAGCACCGGGAGCGGUACCUCGAGGAUGGUCGCUCAAGUCUUCCAGCUGGAGGGUCCUGGACCAACAAAGACGGCCCUUUGCAGGGAGCUUUCUUCCGAGGCUGUCACCAGAUGGCCUGAAUUGAGCCUGGCCAUCACCUGGUGUCUCCUGUUCAGGCACAGCAAGCACCUCACUCCUAAACUCACUUCCGCCACCUUUGGGUGGCCCACCCUGCGUCCUCCACCAACCAAGUUCCAGGCAGCUCCCGAGGAAGCCAGGGCACACUCUAGACUCAGGGACACUUGCUCGGCACUGCUGAAGUGACUCUCGGGUAUGGAGAUACCCUCACCUCUUUUACUUGCGGGUAAGAAAUGAUUAAGUCAAACCACUGACUGAACCUCUAAGGCUGGGAGAAGGACUCUGAUCUCUGCAAGCGUAGCACGUGUGUGUGGCGAGUCCUCGAAACGUGCAAAGAUCAGCACCUGAUUCAACUUGGCAUGGCCACAAGUCAAGGUGAAGGGAAGUCUGAGUGGAAUCCAAUGACGUGUAAACACCUAGUUAGCUUUUAAUGAAGAGGCAGGGCCCGGUCUGUCCCCUCGAAAGCUGGUUGAAGGUGGGUAGGUCAUGAAGUUGUAAGAGGGUGAGGGCAGAGUGGAACCUUCUUGUCAGUGCUUAGUUUGAAGCAAUCUUAGCCUCACCAAGGGCUGGAUCAGAUAGAGCAUCUGUAGAUGUGCAGGUUCUGGGCUUCUCCCAGCUUUUCAAAGCCUACUCUGACAAUAAAGCUAGGCACCCAGGCUCCUAGAGUCCCACGGUGCGCCGGGGACCACUGCUCAGUGCCACAGCCCAUGCUUAGUGCAUGCUGGGUCUGGCAUACCACCCCCAGCAGCACAAAUACAAAUAAGCCCGUGGCAAGCCAGAUGUAUCAACAGCCGCCUCAGGACUCAGAUCUCUCAGUAACCUUCUAGGACUCAACAGAGCCACUGACGCUGCUUCCCCAGCAGCCCAGGGCAUGGCCCAAGGAGCCCAGAUGCCAGCUCCCUGUGUUGAUGAUCUAGGGGCCUGGCAGCCAUUGGUGCCACCAGCCUUGUCUGCAGUAGUAAGUGCUGAAACCCUUAGCCUGCCCCACCUGCUUCGGAAUAGGAAAAGCGUGUGUAUGUGUGUACGUGUGUCAUGUUAUUUAUUGAAACAAGUCUGGGUGCUCCCUGGUGUGGCUGCAGAUUUUGUACACCCUCAGCCCUUCUGGAUCGGGUGUAGAGUCUGUGUGCCUGGUAAGCAGAAUAUUUUCUAUUUUUUUAAGUCAUUUCAUGUUUCUGUACGGGGAAGGCGAGUUCCCUAUCACUGAUGUGUCCUGAGACCAGUCUGUACAACCUUGAUAUGGCAGGUAAAGACAGGUGAAAAGAAAUAAAAGC